GGGCAGAUGAGUUGUGUGAUGGCACAGGAAGCCUGUUACACACACACACACUGCUUUGCUACUCCAGGGGCCCCAUCUCAUCACACAACACAUCUCUCAGGACACACAACUCACUGCCACUGCGGAGAACGGAGGACCGAUCAAACAAGCUGAAACAUUCAGUAAGAUAGAACAAUGUUUGGAUGCUGGAUUCUUUUAUUGUCUGCAACCUCUGAGUUUUUUGUGGUGGUCCGCUCAGAGAACAACACUGGAAGUACAGCACAAAAGGAUGAUCAUGAAAUUGACUUCACUCGCCACAAUAUUUUGACUGCCCAGUUUGAAUGUUACCAGAAGAUUAUGAAAGACACCAAUCACAACAAAACAGAUGGUUCUAUGUGUAAAAGGACCUGGGAUGGAUGGCUGUGUUGGGACGAUUUAGAAGCAGGAGUCACCUCGGCCCAGCACUGUCCAGACUACUACGAUGACUUUGAUACCUCAGAAAUGGCAACAAAGAUUUGCACUGAUUCAGGCCACUGGUUUGUCCACCCAGAGAGUAACAGAACAUGGACAAAUUACACGGGCUGUAAGCAUAUGUCUAAUGAUCACAAAAGGACAGCACUUAAUCUCUACUACUUGGCUUUAAUUGGUCAUGGAUUGUCGCUGUUAUCUUUGUUUACUUCUCUAGGGAUAUUUUUCUAUUUCAAGAGCCUAAGUUGCCAAAGGAUAACUCUACACAAGAAUCUCUUCUUCUCCUUUGUACUGAACUCUGUUAUAACCAUCAUCGUUUUCACUUGUAUUGCAAACAACCAAGAAGUAACACAAGCCAACCCAGUGAGCUGUAAAGUGUUUGUUUUCAUGCACCAUUAUCUCCUGGGAUGUAACUACUUCUGGAUGUUGUGUGAGGGGAUCUACCUGCACACACUCAUUGUGGUGGCCGUCUUUGCCGAGAAACAGCACCUGAUGUGGUAUUACCUCCUAGGAUGGGGCUUUCCUAUAAUACCUGCAUUUAUUCACGCAAUAGCCAGGAGUUAUUACUACAAUGACAACUGCUGGAUAAGUUCAAACACUUCUCUGCUCUACAUUGUCCAUGGACCCAUAUGUGCAGCCCUGUUGGUUAAUCUCUUCUUCCUUUUAAACAUUGUGAGAGUGCUGAUCACCAAGCUGAAGGUGACCCACCAGGCAGAGUCCAGUCUGUACAUGAGGGCCGUUAGGGCCACCCUAAUCCUGGUACCACUGCUGGGCAUUCAGUAUUUACUGCUGCCUUAUAAACCUGAUGGACGGCUCGCCUCUGAGAUAUUUAUACACACAAUGAACAUACUGAUACAUUACCAGGGCCUCUUGGUUGCCACAAUAUUUUGUUUCUUCAAUAGCGAGGUGCAGGGUGUGUUGCGAAGGCACUGGAACCAGUAUCGCAUCCAAUUUGGCAGUACAUUUGCUAACACAGAGGCCCUGCGUUCUGCGUCCUACACGGCCUCCUCGAUGACAGAGGUCCAUCGAUGUUACAGCAUUGACAGCCACAUGGAGACACUAAACGGCAAAAGUUUUCACAGUCUUGAGACCACCAUUCUCCGAUCAGACAGUCUAUACAUGUGAGAGACUUUGACUCUUGAAAACCUGGGACAGCAGCCUCACUGGGAAGACCACUGACCAUAUAUAUACUGGAUGUGAAGUGCUCUACUAGACAUACAUAUGGACACUUUGGACUACAGACUCCAAGAAGUCUUAUCUCAAUACCUGGCCAUUAUAUUCUCCUCUUUUUGGAUGGAAUUAGCAGUUUUUAACUGGAGAAAUUAAUGCAAGCAUUUUCCAUGAUGAUCAGGUGGAACGCUAUGGAGAGCAUCGUCAGACUUUUUGAUUUGUUUUAUUGAAUGGACCUGAAGAGGGUGUGAACUGAGGAUCACAUCUUAAGAGUUGACAUGAAGCUUUAUUCUUUAUGACAUUCAAACUGAUUCUGUUUGAGCUGCUCACUGUUGCCUUUCUGCAUUGGUUGAUGGUUUCCAUACCUCUAAACAAAGGGGCUUCUGGCUUGAACAAGGAUGAAGAAGGCACCACAGAAACAGAAAAUCCACAUCUGUGGAUCUAUGGAUUAUGCUCAAAGAGUCUGUAAUGAAAUAAAGGAAUAUACAAUGGAUGACACAACGUUGCGAUUCCAGAAGAAAUUGCUGACCUUGUCUGUCCUGCACUUAAUGAAAGGUCAUCUUAUUAUGUGAUUCAUUUUAUGUGAAAAUUUAAACCAAACACAGUGAUUUUGACAAUAUAUUCAAUGUAUGCUAAAUGUUUUAUUGUCUCUAAGGAGUACUGGGCUUUUAUAUGUGUGUGUGUGUGUGUGUGUGUGUGUGUGUGUGUGUGUGUGUGUGUGUGUGUGUGUGUGUGUGUGUGUGUGUGUGUGUGUGUGUGUGUACGUGUAUAUAUAUAUAUAUAUAUAUAUAUGUA